UCCUCCGCGCCGCUUCUGAACGAGGACCAAACGCCGCAGCAUCGCACCGGUCCAGCUGCAUUAAUACGUCGCCAGCACCAAUAAAUGCCGAUCACCUUGGGCAGAACUAUUUGCUUUUCCUUGGGGUUAUUCUCUUGAUCAUGGCAUCGUCGGACUGCCUGGGAGAUGAUUGCGUUUUACAGCGAGGGAGAUCUAUGAGUGACCCAAGCAGCACCACCGAGGUCCGCCUGGGUGAGGCGCACCAAGCAGACAUGAUGGACCAACAGAGGGUGUUGCAAUCUGGCUGCCUGGUCUCAGGGGUUCGUACACCGCCCGUGAGACGCAACAGUAAACUGGCCAACCUGGGUCGGAUCUUCAAGCCGUGGAAAUGGAGGAAAAAGAAAAAUGAGAAGCUGAAGCCCUCAACGGUGGUGGAGAAAAAAGUAGCUGUGCGACAGAAGCGAGACGACCUCAAAGAGAACUCCGAAAAGAUGGAGACAGAUUCAGACCUUGCUUGUGGAGGUAACAGUGAAGACCAGAACACUCCAAACCACUCGGAUGGAGAUGACAAAGAUGAGAAUCCCAUAGCGUCGCUGGCUAGUACCGCUGAGGACACAUGCAACGAUUUAGAUGCUUCAGCAGUUGUGGCAGUGCAAGAUGUAAUUGAGGAUUGCAAGUCGGCAACAGAGCCCAGUAAGAGUGAAAAUGGAAACCCCUGUGUAGGGCAUCUGAAACUCGAGGCCUUUGACUGUAAAAAGGAAGCUGUUCAUCCUCAGAGACGUGCCAGCACCCCUCCAGGACCUAACCUGCAAGUCAAAGUGCUCACUAGACUGGGUAGUCUAGAUGGUGCACCGCCAGUGCGAGUGAAAAAAUCUCCAGCGACCUUACCCAGGAAUUUCACGCUUCCCAAAGACCCUCAUGGCUCCCUGUUAAGAGGCCGGAUGUCCACACCAACUGGUUCCCCCCACCUUGGCGCACUCCAUUCUCAGCUACCUACCAGCUGCAUAAUUGAGGAACUGCACCGUGCGCUGGCCACCAAACAUAGACAAGACAGCUUCCAAAUGAAGGAAGUGCGCGCAUCCCCGAAACGAAGACUAGAAGGUCGCUUGUCCCGCACCUCCAGCACAGACAGGGAGCCUGCUGGUGAGCAGGAGACCAAGAAGCAGUCUGAUGAGAACAAGGAGAAUCGUCGUCUAGAUGAGUACUUGAGUGAUCAGGACAGCUGGAAUGAAUCUGUGAUCUCUGGGACCCUGUCACGAAGGAUGAGGAAGGAGCUUUUGGCCGUGAAGCUCCGAAACCGACCCAGCAAACAAGAGCUGGAGGAUCGCAACAUCUUCCCUGUCCGCAGCGACCAGGAGCGCCAGGCGAUUCGUCAACAGAUCGAGAUGAAGUUGGCCAAGAGGCUCAGCCAACGGCCUGCGGUGGAGGAGCUGGAGAGUCGGAACAUCUUAAAGCAAAGAAAUGACCAGACUGAACAAGAGGAAAGACGAGAAAUAAAACAACGCUUAAACAGAAAGCUCAACCAGCGACCAACUGUGGAUGAGCUGCGGGACAGAAAGAUUCUCAUUCGUUUCAGUGACUAUGUGGAAGUGGCCAAAGCUCAGGACUAUGACAGGCGGGCAGACAAGCCAUGGACCAGACUAUCAGCUGCUGACAAGGCGGCCAUCCGUAAAGAACUAAAUGAGUUCAAAAGUACGGAGAUGGAGGUCCAUUCUUCAAGCAAACACCUGACAAGGUUCCACCGGCCUUAGCAAGGUUUCUUCUGUGAAGAGUUGCUGAUAUGAUUCAGUCAGUGAAGACCUUGCACAGAGUCUUCCAGUGUACCGGCCCACAGUCAGUGGGUGUCCUGAUAUUUGGGUCCAGCAAACUUUGGAGGCUAUGUCUCUCGGAAAUGGAGCCACGAGUAGACGGACGACAGGCAGAAGGAUCUCACAGGAGCAUCUCACAGACCUUUAUAUGAUCUUGUUGGGAGAAAAGGAAGACUCACAGUCUCAGAGAUUUUUUUUUAAACUGACUAUUUUAAAAUACUUAUUUCUAAUGGUAUGGAGGUGGGUUGGAAAGGUGCAUGUGGCCCUGUGGCCCUAUCCCACUUUUGUUUGAGAUGUCACCUCGCCGUAAUGUGUCUGACUCUCACUGGUUCAAUUGAUGAUGAGUUUCAUAUCGACAAUGUCAAUGUUCUUAAUCAAAAACCUUGUCUGUGUACAAGAGAACCUCCCUUUGUAAGCACUAUUUAUUCUCUGCACAAUACAGGUUUUCAAUUUGCAAAAAAAAAACAAAAAAAACAUUUGAUUGUCUGUUGGCGUUCUGUUAUGUUUUAAAAUUAUUAUUUCAAUGUCAUACCUUUAAAAUGUCAUUAUUAGCACGUGUGAAGUGAUAAUGUCUUUAAAGAUCAGUUAUGAAUCAUAAACAAAUGUCCCUUUCCAUUAUCAGAAAAAAUGGUGGGUGAAAAAAAAUCACAUCACAUGCUAUGAAAUCUUGCAUGGCAACAUCUCAAAUCAGAUACUUUCAAUUGGCUGUGAUCGUUUUCACUUCAUUUUCUCAAAGCCUCUCUUGUGAGUCACACUGUUCUCUUGGCAAUAGAAAGUGUACAGAUGGCAGCUUGGGUUAAAUUUUUUCAUGUACAGUCACACAAACAGCUCGCUCUUUAGUGUAAUGGUUCAGGCAUUAGCUGGGGCAAAGCCAGAAACCUGUAGAGCCUUAGGAUGGAUUGAGGUGUUUUUGUGCGUGGAAAGGGGCUAUCCUAAAUUUCCUUGGAUGGAUGCUGGCCAUUGGUCAUUCAGAGCGUAUGCUUUUCAGACAAUUAGAAGUGUCAUUACUCGGAGUCAACCAUAUUGUACACCCAACAUUAACUUACAUCCUCCUAUAGUCUGCAGAUGUCGAUCAUCCCCGCAAAAAAAAUUAAACAGUGGUUUUGUUGUGUUCUCCCCAAAUACCAGCAAAGCAACACAAAACAAAAUUUGCAUAGGAGUACAGGUACUGGACAAACCUUUUACAUAAUAAGCCAGAGCCGCCCAGCAAGACCAGAAUGCAGUUGUUGGUAGCUGGUGAAACAAGUAAGACAACACAAUAAUAAGACAACAAGAAGACAAUACAGCAAAACAAUCUUAUGCUGG